AUAAAUUCAGGAUUCAUUUGAAACGCCACUAUUAUAUCAAACGGCGACCUGGCAGCAAUGUUGAAGUUCCUUGUGAUUUGCGUGCUGGCCGCGUGUUGCCACGCCCAAGACUCUGGUGAAUCAUUGCUCUCUCGGAUUGAGGAGCAUCAAAACAAUUUGCGUAAUUGGGAAGAAGAGAACUCGCGAUUGUUAACAACUCUAUUGGAAAAACGCAAAAUAUACGAUAAUGCUAAACAUAAUGAAGCGAAGCUCUUGGAAGUUGUCGAUUACUUGGUCAAAAAGAACAUGGAAAUCUUACAGAACGUUGUUAGUGAACUGAAUACGAUACAUAUUAAUAUGGACAAAGAUGUAGACGGAGCGGAAUCUUUGAGUGAUAUAGACAUGAAGGCGAUAGAAAAUGAACUACCUGAGAACGAAGAAACUAUGACGCAUACAGACGAAAAUCAGGAAAAUAAUGAAGACGGAGCAGAAACUUUGAGUGAUACAGAAAUAAGGAAUUUAGAAAGUGAACUAGCGGAGGGAGAUGAAGUUGCCGGCGAUGUAGAAGAAGUGAAUGUGGAAAGACAUGGAGACGGAGAAGAAAGUUUGAGUGAUACAGAAAGGAAUUUAGAAAGUGAACCAGCGGAGGAAGAUGGAAUUGCCGGCGAAGUAGAAGAAGCUAAUGUGGAAAGUGACGGUCCGAAUGUAAACAGUGACGGCGAUGAGAAUUCCGAAAGUAACGACCCAGAUUAUGAAGGGUAUAACAGUGAAAGGGUUCCGGAAUGGUACUAUCCACAAAAUAGAAAAUGAUUCUAAAUAACUUGUGAAUGUAGUUAACAGUGCCAUAAAAUAUGUCAUAAAUAAA